AUGUCUUUAAUUUAUUCGAGAUUAUCUCUUGAUUUAUAUUAUAAUGUUAUUGAUAUUAUAUUAUACGAAAUAUUUGAGUUAGAUAUUUUAUAUGUAAAGAUCCCGAUAAAAACCAUUGGAGGAAUAUUGUUCACAUGUAAACAUUUUUAUCAUUAUCUGAGAAAGGAAUUUGCAAAAUAUUUUUACAAGAAAUUUGGAUUUGAUGAAAAGAUAUUUUUACCAAAUUGUAUUCGUAAAAAUUGUAAAGAUAAUGAUGGAGAUAAUAUAACAGUAUAUUGUGGUAGUAUAUGGGAUUUAUUAAACGCUUAUAUGUAUGAUAUUUACGAGGAACCAGAAUUACCUUGUAGUUGGUAUGGACAUGUCCCGAAUGUUAUAUUUGAGUCUAGAGAAAUUUAUUAUUGCAAUUAUUUAGAUUGUGAUCGAUAUAUUGAUUAUUACGAAAGAAUGUAUCAUGUUAAAUUAUUUUUUUACAAGUUACAUGAUGAUUAUACAUAUUACCAUUGUGUUGAAAGAAAAAAAAUAAAUGUAUUUUCUUUGGAAAAGAUUUUAGAAAUAAUAGAUAAUUCUAUUUCUGAUACAGAUAAAGUUGUAAAGAUUUUAGGUAUUUCUAAAAAUCUAGGAAAUAUGAUUGAUGGAUGUAUCCAAGGAAAUAUGGAUUAUAAUUUAGGAAUUUUAUAUUUUCUUUAUUCGAAAUUAGAGUAUUAUCUUCCUAUUAGUUAUAAAAUUAUUUAUAUAUUAGUUUAUCAAAUUUUAUAUAUGAAAACAGAUAUUAAUUAUUUAAUUUGGAAAGAACUAUUUUUGUAUUUAAAAUAUUAUUUGUUAAAAUUAUCAAAAGAUUAUAGAUUAUUGAUAAAUCAACAAGGAUGA